ACAAACCCGCAGAAACACAAACACUGAGCCACAGGUUACAGGCUUCUGCUCAUGCGCGACAUUCAUCAUUAAGGGUCAAUGAGGGGAACGCUGGUGCUCAUAAUCCAGGCUCUGCUAUGGCCUGCCGUCUCAGUUUCAGGCCUGUUUACUGUGAAUGUACAGAAGAGUUCUUACGAGGCAGAGCUGCACGGGGACGUCGAGCUGGUGUGUGUGUUCUCCGCGGUUCAACGACCCUCAGACCUCACCGUCAUAUGGACCCGCAUCAACCCGAAGCCAGACGUGGACGUGUAUCGGCUCGAGAAAGGCAGAGAAAACCAAAUUUACACCAAUGAUGCGUUCAAAAAGCGGGCGCAGCUCAUCCAAGACCAGCUGAAGGAAAACCGAGCGGUUUUACACUUGAAGAAGCUCCAGAUAAAAGAUUCGGGAACAUACCGGUGUAUCGUGAAAGAGGGAGCUGAGGGAGACUACAAGCAAGUCACGCUCAAUGUUACAGCUCCUUAUACUCCCAUCAAGAAAAGCGUGAGGAAAACGGGUCGGGAUGAAGUGGAGCUCUCCUGUGAGUCUCAGGGAUUCCCGUCACCUCAGGUUUUCUGGAGCGACGGUCAGAACACAAACCUCACGGAGACGUCCAACAGCUCAGCGCUCCAGACAGACGAGGAUCUGGUCAAAGUGUUCAGCACGCUGACGGUGAGACGAGAUCUCGUGAACAACUACACCUGCUCUUUCCUCAGGAGCGGCGAGGUCCAGCAGACGGCCUCCUUCAGCAUCCCAGAUGAAAUCCAUCAUGACUGUUCUGCUCAGUACGCGUGGAUUGGAGCCGUGGUCGUCGUGCUGUUAGCCAUAACCUUCAUCUACGUCAUUCUGCGCAGGAGGAACAACGGUCAGAAAAACAGACGAAAUGAAUCAUCUAAAUGUGCUCUACUGUUCCCGCUCUCGUCCUCUGCCAACACGGACUCUUUACUGACAGUGAACGAGAACAGACCACAAACAUGUCACAUAACCUCAGAAGAACCUGCAGAAAACCCUGAGUCUCUGAGGCACGAACAAACACAACAGUAUUCACAGAUCGACACAGACGCGGACGUGGAAAAGAGACUUGAGUCAUUUGCACUUUACAGCAAAGAUGACCAAUCGCUAAACAUCAGCUCCAUCGUUCCCGACACGAGGCAGGUUAUCCUUCUGUUUGGAGAACCAGGCAGCGGGAAAACCACCGUGGCCCAAAUCCUGUCGUCCCGCUGGGCUGGGAGCGCCUUCAACGCCCCCCCGCUCCACCUGGUCCUGCUGGUGGACUGUAGCGGAGCGGAAGGAGACCUUUUCCAGCUGCUAAAGUCCAGAGUUCAUCACCUGUCUGACCUCAGAGAGACGCUUCUCGGGCCGGCGGAUUGUUUGCUCAUCCUGGACGGAUAUCGGGAGGGAAAUAAGGACCUGGAUGAAACUCUCGAGGGGUUCCUGACUGAGCGACAGAUGUGCAGGGUGUUAGUGACGUCCCGUCCAGGACAGUGUCCAUCCCUGGAGAGAACCGUCAGGACAGUGUUGCAACUCAAACAGAGACCGGAAGAGUCUGGGUCAUGAGGAAAUGGGAUACAUUUCAUAUUUGCAUCGACAGUGAUCCUGCAAUUGCGUGUUCCAGCAUUGUCCCGGGUCGAUGGAUUCGCCUGUCGCUUCUCUGGAAUCUCCCCCCUCAGACUUUGGCUGGAGAUCAAACU